AUGAGACGCAGUGCGUCGGAUGACUCUGAGCCUUUAGUGCCGGCACCGAAAAAAGUCCGAAGAGCGAUCAAAAUCCUCGCGGAUAAGAAUCCCGCCUUGCUUGAGGCUCCCAUAGCGUUUUUGAACUUAUACACGCAAGAGUUCGAGAGUUCGAAAUGUUUGGACCGAAGCCCUCCGCUCCAAUACUGUCUUCGUCAGUGCUUCCUUGGAUUUCAGGACGUCUGCAGACAGAUACAAAAACGCACAUUGAAAGCGGUCAUUCUCAGGGAGAACAUCAUGAACCUCGUAUCGCUCGGGAACACGGUCGGAAAAUCUUAUCCCGAAACAGCAGAGCCCGUCUGCGCGCAGCUGGUGAAGCUGAUCGCGAUGCUCGAUGAGCUUGAUCGCCAGCUGGCCGACGCCUCGGGUCUGCCACCGGUGAAUUGGUCGAGCAUCGUGAGCGCCCUAAAGCAGAGAUCGGCAAUGAAAAGGAAGAGUUCGGAAGUGAAACAUAAGACCUCAUUCGUGCCGUCACUCGAUGACCUCACCGUCACAAAGACCUUAGGUCGCGGAGCUUUCGGAGCUGUUUAUAAGGGGACAUUCAAAGACAUUCUGGAAGUGGCGAUAAAGAUCGUGCCGCAGAGCAAGCUACGUUUCGAUUCGAACAACGAGUCCGCCUAUAUCGACAAAAUGCUCGCAGCUGUGGUCCCGAACCACCCGUUCAUCUGUAGGAUGUUUUGCGCGUUCAUGGCGAGCGGUAAGGCGAAUCCUUCGGGGGUGGCGGUUUCGAUCAACGUGAUGGAAGCCAUUGACGGCGCAGAUAUCACUGAGCUCGUAACCCGCGUUCAAGCGCCGAGUUUUUCCACCGUGAUGAGCAUCACGCAGCAAUUGCUCAUGGCUAUCGAGCACAUGCAUUUCACCGGGUUCGUUCACCGGGACAUAAAAUUGGCGAACAUCCUCCUGAGCCGCGACGGCCGUGUGAAGGUCAUCGAUUUUGACGUGAACAAGUUAUGCAUUGCUCUGUCCGGCACUCAGCACCAGAUCUCUUUCUUCGCAAGAACAGCUGCUGAGUGCGCAGGGGGCGACAAAGCCGGGACCGAAGCCUACAUGGCGCCUGAGGUCCAUCAAUGCAAGGAGUUCGGCCGAGCUUCCGACUUCUGGUCGGUGGGCGUCGUACUCUUCCGAUUGGCGUUCGGCAGACUUCCGUUUCGGGGUCAAGCCAUCGCCGAAGAGAUCGUGGAUUGCGACAUUGAAUGGACGAGGAUCAAGAACCUCCCACCGGCGACUCCGAAAAAAAGCGGCCUGAAAGAAUUGAUAUCUCAGCUGCUGGUCAAGGACCCGAAGAAACGGCUCGGCUCCAGAGACUACAACGACAUUUUCGACCAUCGAACUUUCGCUGAAACGAAUUGGAGAUCAUUGCCGAGCUCGGUCGCUCUCACAGAAGACAUGGAGAAUCUCUUCGCUGCGAAAGACAGGGAAUCGCGCGUUGUGGCCAAAGCUCCGCCGGCUCAUAGUCAAAUAUUUGCCUUGGAGGAUCUCGUAGACUACGCGGGCGAACAUCAAAAACUCUUCACGUUCUCAUCUCGUGUCAUCCGGCAUCUCAUGUCGGAAACAGGGGGACACAGCAGGGACUUCGACGAGGGGAAAGAGAUCAAGGACGACACGCUGAGUUUUCGACACUGCCAGCAGCUGGUGAAACAGGCCGAAGACACGACCUGCGGCACAACAACAUUCGACGAUCGGAAACAUAACGCGAGAGAACCUGUACAGGUGAUCAUCCAGGAAUUCUAUCGGAAAAGCUGUCUCCGCCGAGUACCGCCUCUGGCAGUCCAGCGUUUGCUCUGCGAGGAUGGAAUGUACCGCUUCAUGGUGGCGAGCAUUGCACCCGGAGUGAAGUUCCUGAGCGAGACAGCCUUGUAUCAAGGUGACCUGCUGUUGGAGCUUGACCGGAUCCCGUUGACCGGUCUGCCUCUCGGCCGGAUUCAGACUUUGCUGCUGAAAGUGGGCUCCCCGCUCGUAGCCACCGUGGCGCAGAGGAACCCGUUCCGAGAUCUCGGAGAAGCAACUCUGAACGUGGAAAAUUACGCAAACGUUCACCGAGCUAUCGUCUUGAAUUUCCGUUCACGUCGAAAACGUCGAGUUGGCUGUUUCUGCCGCCGCCGUCACUAUCACGGAUUCGAGCUGUGCGUGCGAAAACUUUUUGCGAACGAGAACUGGGAGCCCUGUUGUUUGGUAUCGAGCCACGAUCUCAUAUGGCAAAAGUGUGGAGAAGAUUCGAAUAUGUUCACCGGCGACAUAGUCCUAUCGAUCAACCAGAAGCGUUUGGCCGAACUCUUGCGGGACGCCAAGGCUGACCAGAUUCUCUCUGACGCGAUAGAUUCGCCCAGAUUAGAUCUCGAAAUAGUGCCGUGCUCUGUACUGCGACUGGGCAAUCUUCCCAGGGGAUAG